AUGGCUGAGCGAUUGGUGAGAGGGAAGAAGUAUAAAGUCGAAGACUUUUUGGAACGUCUCAUAAAUGGAGAGUUGUCUGAACUCGACUCCUUGAAUUCAGGGAAUGAGUCAGAUGAGACUAGUGAUAUAGAUGAUUCAGAGAGGGACAGUGGAGAGGUGAUCAUGCCAGAAGAACUUGAGGUGGCAGCUGAGUGUGAGAUAGAGGAGAGAGGCAGUUUGGUGGCAGAGGAUCAGGAGGAGAUGUCAGUUACUAAGAAGGAAGAAAUCAAGUGGCGUCACAGGCCAUUCACUCCAAUUACUGAUACUUUCUUUGAGAAUCCCCCAAUUAGUGAGAGGCAUCCCAUGAGACCUUAUGAGUACUUCAAACAGUACAUUACAGAUGAGAUGUUCAAUGUGAUGGCAGAUAACACAAACAUGUAUGCCAUGCAAAAUGGUACACUAGGUUUCAAACCAACAAGUCCAGGAGAAAUCAAAACUCUAGUUGGUCUCCACCUUGCCAUGGGAGUAAUGAAAAUGCCAAGAGUCUCCAUGUACUGGGAAGCUGGGAUGGACAUUGGUAUUUUUCAAAACACCAUGCCCCGUGACAGAUUCUUCCAGCUCCGGUCACAUUUGCAUUUGGUUAACAAUUUGGAGAAGCCAGCUGAGAACACUGAUGUGUUUUUCAAGGUACGUCCUCUCUAUGAUGCCAUACACCGGAGAUGCUUAGAGCUUCCACUUGAAGAGAACCUUUGCAUUGAUGAACAAAUGGUACCAUUUCGUGGAAAUCUGUCUGUCAAGCAAUACAUCAAAGGCAAGCCACAUCCCUGGGGAGUGAAAAUAUACUUUCUGUGUGGGAAAAGUGGCAUAGCCUAUGAUUUCCUGUUGCACCAAGGAGCUACAAUGGAGAUAUCACAGCAGCAAAGAAAGCAGCUGGGACUUGGAGCUGGAGUGGUGUACCAUCUCAGCCAGCGAAUCACAGAGGCCAAUCACAAGUUGUAUUUUGACAACUAUUUUACAACGUACAAUAUUCUGGAGCUGCUGACUAAGAGGAAAAUUCAUGCUGCUGGGACAGCAAGGGUCUCUCGUUUUGCCAGACCUCCUCUACAGUCUGACAAAGAGAUGGCUAAAAAGCCACGAGGAAGCUAUGAUGAAGUUAUAAGCUGUGAUAGAAAGGUGGGACUGGUCAAAUGGUAUGACAACAGACCAGUUGUCAUGGCUUCCAACUUUGUUGGUGUUGGCAGACAGGAUGAAGUCCGGCGGUGGGACAAAAAGAAGGCCCAGUUUGUGAUGGUUUCCCGUCCAGAGGUUGUCAAGCUGUACAAUGAAGCAAUGGGUGGUGUUGACCUGCUUGAUCAACUCGUCAGUUUGUACCGCACAGAAAUCCGGUCAAAAAAGUGGACUCUGAGAAUGAUCACACAUGCUUUUGACCUUGCUGUUGUCAACAGUUGGUUGGAGUACAGGCUGGACUUCAAAAGGGCCAAUAACCCAACAAAAGACAUCUUGGAUCUCCUUCAUUUCAAGAUGAAUGUGGCCCAAUGUCUGGUGAGAGUUCAAAAAACAGUGGCAUCAAAACGUGGAAGACCCAGUAUGUCUCCGGAACCACAGAAUGCCCCUCACAGACCACCUCACCGGCCAGUUCAGGAUUCAAGGCCUCUACCUGAAGUUCAGUAUGACAUGGUUGACCACAUGCCAAAUUAUGAUGAAAAGAAAGAGGCCACCAGAUGCAAGAUGCCAGACUGUACCGGAAAAACACACGUCUUUUGUGACAAGUGCAACAUCCACCUGUGCUUUGUGCCACACCGCAACUGCUUCAAGGCUGCUCACCGAAAAUGA